AUGUUAAUUCAGCAAAUCUGCUCGCAGAUCAUUCUAAUCAAAUUGUUCUUCAACAGUAGCCCGGUUUUGUCUGUUCGACAAGUAUUUCUGAGUGGCGACAUCAUUCUUGGGGGUUUGUUCCCCGUACAUGAAGCGGGCCGAAACGGUUCUGAAUGCGGAAUCUUGAAAGCAGCCCAAGGAGUACAACGUGUCCAAGCCAUGCUGUACGCUUUGGAACAGGUCAAUAACGAUGAUACAAUUUUGCCUGGUGUCGUAAUCGGAGCACAGAUACUUGAUACAUGCUCAAUUGAUUCGCAUGCUCUGGAGCAAACGCUGGUAUUUAUUAAAACGAUGAUGUCGUCCGGCAGUGGCAUUUACUGUUCGGAUGGUUCGAAACCAAUCUAUCAGCAUCAUCCAGUUGCUGCUGUCAUUGGUGCUGCCAGCAGCCAAGUUUCUGUUAUGGUUGCAUCAAUGCUACAGCUUUUCAAAGUAAAUUUUCAUGCAUGUCUGCAUUAA